UGUGCGGGGGGAGGGAGAGAGAGAGAGAGAGAGAGAGAACGUGACAUGGUCCGACUUGGAGCUUCAGGUUUACAGGAUUUAAGCUUCAUCUUCUUUCUAACUCACUUUGGACACCAGACUUUCCAUCGUUGAUGUUCUCAGCUGUGAGUGUUGUUGAGCUCAGAGGUUCAUGGAGUCCCUGAGGCCCUGAGAUGGCGUCAGUCUUUUAAUCACUGGUACAAUGAUGUUGCACAACCUGCUCUUCUCAAGCACGGCCAUAAAUCAGAGCUCUCAUUUUCAGCCACUGAACUUCCCAGAGGAGAACGACGAAACCAUGAGUAAAAGUGAUGAACAUUCUCUGCCCGGUUCCGAUUCUGUCUCUGAGGUCAGUGCUGUUGACCUGCAGCCUCCGCCUGCUCCGACUCGCUCUCCUCCCAGCAGGUCCGCUCUGUUCCAUGACUUGUGCAGCAGCGUGAGCAGCAGUGUGCAGUCGGGCUACAGAGCGUACCAACCUCGCCUGGGUCUGCCAGCGGGCUACAGCGCUCAGACGCCCUUCCCCAGCCAGGCGCAGAGCUCCUUCAGCACACUGCAGCCUCACAAAGACCCAUGGCUUCACUCCAACUCCUUUUCAGGCGGGUUCUCCAGCAACGGACGUCCGUCAUGCCUCGUGUCUGGAGAUUACUGUUCUUAUCAGAGCAAGGCCUCCUGCUCGCACUCGCUGCCAGAUGGCCACAGCUCUGACCCUGGCAGCUUGGAGCAGCCUCGCUCCCUGCACUCCAUCCCCAUGGAAUUAGAGCAGUACAGCUACUACCUGCCCCCCUGCUCCUCACACGGAGCGCCGUGCUGUGGGCCGGGCCCAGGACACGCCUUCUGGAUGAAUCCGAGACCACACGCCGGCAUGCGCUACCACACGCCAUAUUUGUUUUCUUACUCCAGUGACAGUAAGCCGUCAGACCCCGAGCUCAUUCCCAGGCAUGAAUCAUUUCACCCUCAGGCAAAGAGCGUCCCCAGCACCGCACCCCUGUCAUUAGAGCAGAGGAAAGUGUUUGUGACUUACGAAGCCGACAACGAAAAACACAUUAAAGAGGUCAUCAAUUUUGUCGCACUGCUGAGGCACAAUGGUUUCUACACCCACAUUGAUAUGUUUGAACAGCAGUUCAGGAGCAUCAGUAAGAUUGACUUUAUGGAAAGGUACAUUACAGAGAAAGACUAUCUGAUCAUCAUCAUCAUCAGCCCAAAGUACUUCGAAAUUGUAACGAAUGCUUCAUUAUUCGUAGAGAAUGAUGAAACACUCAACACUGUCUACAUCCACAAACAGUUACAGAAUGAGUUCAUUCAGAACGGGUGCAGGAAUUUCCGAUUCAUCCCGGUGUUGUUUCCCGGUGCCAAGAGGUGCCAUGUCCCUGCGUGGCUCCAGAACACACACAUCUUCAGCUGGCCCAGAGACAGAGACGACAUCUUGCGCCGGCUCAUGCGAGUGGAGAAGUACAACCCUCCGCCCAUCGGGGAGCUGCCCACCAUCGUCUCCAUCCCCAUAUAGUGAAUGAAGCGUGGGACGGUGUUGAUGGUGUUACAGAGUGUGUUACACUGCAUUCUGAGCCAAGAAAUGGAUUUUGGACCCAUUUGAACCAGGAAUGGUAACCUUCUAGGUAUUAGGAAGAUAUAUACAUACAGUUGUGGUCAGAAGUUUACAUACAGCGACAUAAAUGUCAU